CCUCUCCUCCCUCGUUUUUUAGUCCAUUGUAGAGAUCUUUGCACUCAGAACACUGCUGGCCCCCUGGCUGUUAGAGAAACGCCGCUCGCGCUCCAGUGCUUUCCUGCUUCUUCUCGUGUCAAGUUCUCUCCACCGACCUCAGGGACAGAGACACACGGGUGCACCGUCCAUCAGCAAUUUAACACCCGGGGACAUUUUUUUUUUUUUAUUGUAUUGUUUAAUUUGCGCCAGUGCGCAAAAAAAAAGACGGACAGAAAGAAAGAGAAUCCGUGAGCGAGCGCGCGCGCGUCCGCGGUGCGCAACAGAGAGAAGGAAACCCGGAGUCCCAUUGUAAGACUUGAAGAGAACACACGGAUCGUGCGGGUGUGUGUGUGCGUUCCUUUUCUUUAUUUACUCCAGGAGGGAACUCGUAGUGAAGCGUGAAGUCAAGUCCGUGCGUUUUCUUGUAGGAUUUGGAGGAGAAAAAAUAAAUAUAUAAGAUAUCUCCAAGCAGAAGAAGCAAGGACAGCUGGACUUUGGGCAUUCUCUCUGGGUCGCUUUUCACGCAGAGCUUGGAGAUCUUAGUAAUGGAUUUCUGAAAGGAGGAAACGUUCAGAGUUUGUAUUAUGAGCGGAUUUUUACGCACAAAGAUCUUGAUGAUACAAACUUCUGAAGUCGUAAAAACAGUCGUGAGGAUAAGGAUCUAGACCCCGACUUUAGAGAACACUUCUUUAUUUUUCUAAGGACCGUUUAAAGAGCACCAGGGAAAAAGGUUUUCUUCAACUACAGAGAGAUACCCCGAGGUUGCCAAUGCCUGGAGUCAGCGUUUGAGUCGGUCACCAGACAUACGUUUCCUCGUCAAAAUGGGGAGCAUCUGUAGAUUCUUCAUUACCAUGUACCUGGCUGAAUUUGCCUUAUCGAGGAGCAUCAUGACGAAAGAAGUCCGCUUGAAAGAUUCCAGAGAAUCCCGGCCAGCCCUUCAGCCAGGCUUCCCAGAGAACACCACCGUAUUAGUUGGAGGCCAGGCGAAGUUGGUAUGUAAAGUCCAUCGGCCAGCCAUGACACGUCUCCAGUGGUUUAAGAAGGACAGGGAUCGCCUGGGGCCUGACGGAUCACCGCUUCUUAAACCCCUCACUCCUCUUCAAGACAACAUUUCCAAAGUCAACGUUUUUCCUUUAGUAAAUGUCACCCCAGAUGAUGCAGGAGAGUAUGUGUGCACAGGGAAAAACUCUGCUGGAUGGACAAGUAAUUCUGCAUGGCUGGAAGUCUUAACAGAAAUCAUUCCUGUGGAUCAGUUGUCUGAGAACCCAACAGAAAUGUCAGAGGAGCUGAGUGAGGAAACUUCAGAACACCUCCUGCUAGAACCAGGUGAUGUGCUCAAACUGCGCUGUGACACAAACCGUCCUGGAGCAAUCCACUGGUUCAAAGGUGAUGCGCGAAUCCAACAUAGCGCUCGAAUUCAGAUAAGAGCAGGAGUCAUGGAAAUCACAGACGCGACGUACGAGGACUCGGGAGUCUAUGUUUGCAUGAUCCGUGGCUCCAAAGAGGCUCUGCGGAACUUCACCAUCACUGUGGCAGAUGCUAUUGGAUCAGGGGAUGAUGAUGAUGAUGAUGAGGAUGAUGGUCAAGAAGACUCGGUUACAGAGACAGAAAAUGAGCAAGUCUACUUCUCCAGAGGCCCAUACUGGACCCAUGUUCAGAGGAUGGAGAAAAAGCUUUACGCUGUCCCAGCUGGAAACACGGUUAAAUUUCGCUGUCCAGCUACAGGAAGCCCACUGCCCACCAUCCGCUGGAUGAAGAACGGCAGAGAAUUCAGAGGAGAGCAUAGGAUUGGAGGAAUCAAGUUGCGGCAUCAGCACUGGAGCUUAGUCAUGGAGAGUGUGGUGCCCUCAGACCGUGGGAACUACACUUGUGUGGUGGAGAACAAAUACGGCUCCAUCACUCAUAGCUACCUCCUCGAUGUGUUGGAACGCUCUCCUCACAGACCCAUUUUACAAGCUGGUUUACCAACCAACAUGACAGUAGUGGUUGGAGGGGAUGCCCAGUUCCAGUGCAAGGUCUACAGUGAUGCGCAGCCACACAUUCAAUGGCUAAAGCAUGUUGAGUUGAACGGCAGCCGGUAUGGGCCUGAUGGUAUACCCUACGUCAAAGUUCUCAAGACAGGCAGCCUGAACAUGUCCGAGGUGGAGGUCCUGUAUUUGACGAACAUCACAAUGGAGGAUGCUGGAGAGUACACGUGUUUAGCUGGUAACUCUAUCGGCUUCUCGCACCAGUCUGCAUGGCUCACUGUCCUAUCUGAGGAAGAAGUGGCCAAAGAGAUGGACCUUAUGGAAACCAAGUAUACAGACAUCAUUAUUUACACUUCUGGCUUCCUCGCAUUGGUGAUGGCCAUCGUGAUUGUGGUCUUGUGCCGAAUGCAGACGCACCCCAGCAGGGAACACUUUGAUGCCCUCCCUGUGCAGAAACUUUCAAAAUUUCCCCUUCGCAGACAGUACUCGGUCGAGUCCAACUCCUCUGGGAAGUCCAGCGCUUCCCUAAUGAGAGUGGCACGUCUUUCCUCCAGCUGCUCUCCGAUGUUAGCUGGAGUCAUGGAGUUUGAGCUUCCCUACGAUCCGGACUGGGAGUUCCCAAGAGACAAUUUGACUUUAGGGAAACCUCUUGGCGAGGGCUGCUUUGGUCAGGUGGUGAGAGCAGAGGCUUAUGGGAUAAACAAGGAUAAUCCAGAUCAAGUAACCACUGUGGCAGUCAAAAUGCUGAAAGAUGAUGCGACUGACAAAGACUUGGCUGACCUUAUCUCUGAAAUGGAGCUCAUGAAGGGCAUGGACAAGCACAAGAACAUCAUAAAUCUUCUUGGUGUUUGCACUCAGGAAGGUCCACUCUAUGUUGUGGUUGAGUAUGCUUCUAAAGGAAGCUUGCGCGAGUACUUACGUGCACGCCGUCCUCCGGGAAUGGACUACACCUUUGACGUGACCAAGGUUCCCGAAGAGCAGCUCACAUUUAAGGACCUGCUCUCUUGCGCCUACCAGGUGGCACGAGGCAUGGAGUACCUGGCUUCUAAAAGGUGCAUUCACCGAGAUCUAGCAGCAAGGAACGUUCUCGUUACAGAGGAUAAUGUCAUGAAAAUUGCCGAUUUCGGUUUGGCGAGAGGUGUGCAUCAGAUCGAUUACUACAAGAAGACCACAAACGGACGUCUGCCAGUGAAAUGGAUGGCACCAGAAGCCUUGUUUGACAGAGUCUACACACACCAAAGCGAUGUUUGGUCAUUUGGAGUCCUGAUGUGGGAGAUUUUCACGUUAGGAGGCUCUCCUUACCCCGGAAUCCCAGUCGAAGAGCUUUUCAAGCUGCUGAAAGAAGGCCAUCGCAUGGACAAACCCUCCAACUGCACACAUGAACUCUACAUGAAGAUGAGAGAAUGCUGGCAUGCGGUUCCAACACAAAGGCCAACCUUCAAGCAGCUGGUAGAAGAGCUGGACAGAGUGCUGCUGUCUAUUUCAGAUGAGUACCUCGACCUGUCGACGCCUUUUGAACAGUACUCCCCAUCUUGUGAGGACACUUCCAGCUCUUGUUCUUCAGACAAUGAUUCAGUGUUUACCCACGAUGCCUUGUCCACCGAUCCGUGCCUGCUCGGUUAUCACGAUGUUCGCUCUCGGCUAGACAUGAAGACACCGCUACGAUAAGGGCUCAUCCGGCAGAGGACUCCAGUUUAUGGAUAUCAGAGAUCACCUUUAAAACACUUGCGGUACAAAGCAGUCACACGAGGAGUGGACUUUGGCCUUUGAUUGCUCUGCGCUAAAAAAGAACAUUAUCAUAAUGCUUGGCACUAGAAAACCUGGUGACAAAAACGGCUGCCUCAAAUAAUCAGGUUUCUAAUACAGGACUGCCUGGUAAAGAAGCUAAACUCAGUUUCUUUUGUAAUGAAUGAAUGCUGCUUAUUAUGUAAAAACUAUUAUUGUAACUAUUAUGUAAAAGUAUCUGAGCAGCAUAGGAGUUUCAACCAUAAUUUUUUUUUUGUUUAAAAAAAGAGAACAUUUAUUUUGAUAUAAAAGUUGAUUUAGCAUUGUUACAUAUAAAUUUCUCUCUAUAUAAAGAUUAUUCUACUUUUUUUUCUAUUUAAA